UGUAUGUUUUUAUUUCCCUCCCAAAAUUCAAAAACUCUAAUAUUCAAAACUUUCACAUGGCCCAUAUCAAUUAAUUAUCUUCCCUAUAUAAGCCAAGCCAUCCAUGUUGUCACAUCACAACAACCCAUUUUUCGAGUAUGAGUUUGUCAUCAAUUUGUGUAAGCACCACCAAGAAGAGUUUUGGUGAAAUACAUGUUAUUGUUGGUCCUAUGUUUGCUGGUAAAACUACUGCCCUUCUUCGACGUGUUAAUUUGGAAUCCAAUGAUGCCAGAAAUGUGGUGAUGAUAAAGUCAAGCAAAGACACAAGAUAUGCUGUAGAUGCAGUGGUGACACAUGAUGGGACAAAAUACCCAUGUUGGUCAUUGCCUAACCUUUCAUCUUUCAAACACAGAUUUGGAGUAGAUGCAUAUGAAAAGGUGGAUGUGAUUGGCAUCGAUGAAGCUCAGUUCUUUGGGGACCUUUAUGAGUUCUGCUGCAAUGCUGCUGAUCUUGAUGGGAAGGUUGUAAUUGUUGCAGGCCUAGAUGGUGAUUACUUGAGGAAGAGUUUUGGUUCAGUGCUUGACAUAAUUCCACUUGCUGAUACUGUGACAAAGUUGCCUGCAAGAUGUGAACUGUGUAGCAGAAAGGCAUUUUUCACCUUUAGAAAGACUAGUGAAACAGAAACUGAGCUUAUAGGAGGUGCUGAUAUGUACAUGCCUGUUUGCCGUCAACACUAUGUCAACGGACAAUCUGUCAAUGAAUCUGCAAAUAUGGUUCUUGAAUCUCAUAAAGCGCAAAGUGACGAUAUUUUAGAAACAACACUAGUUGCUCCAUAACACUUGGGUUCAAGUUCAACUCUUUUAGAUUAUCAUAUAUGCCUGUAAUAUUGGUCUUAGGAUCAUGUAUCUUAAUUACCUAAGUAUGUAAGUAAAUGAAUGGCUUGCUUCGGACUCGAAA